AUGGAAAAAGACGUACAAGAAUAUCUCCCAUAUUUUCUCAACGAAGGUCAUGAAUACUCUGUGUUAGGCUUUUUUAAACAUCAUAAUUUCACGAAAAAAAGUUUGGCCCAUUUCGCAUUAAACAAAUGCUUAGAGUAUAUGUCUUUGAGUACGGACCCGGAAUUAAAAUCGAAAGCAAUCGAAGUAAAGGAAACUUUACAAGACUUUAAAUGUAAACAAGAUAUUAAUAACUAUUGGAAAUCGAAGAACCGUGAGAAAAAGAAGAAAACUAUAGAAACUAAAAUAGAAAUUGCCGAGAAGAAAAGCAAAUUGUGUGAUGCUGAACAACACGUGAUAGUCAAAAGAUUAGUAUAUAAACAAGAUAAUGAUGUUCGUGAAAAUUUCAAUGCUGAAAUAAUAAAAAAAAGGGAGUAUAAUCAAGAUAUAGAAAGGGAGCAACCAAUAUCAAAGUCUUGUAAACGAAAAUUAAAAAAUUCAUUAGAAAAGACAGAAAAUAAUAAGAUACGUCUCCUUGGAUAUCAAUCUGAAAAUAGUGAACUUGAGGAUGAUGAAAUGAUGAAGAUUUCUUAA